CUCAGUCAGGUUGUCACUGCAAUUAUUUUCUGACGAAAGUACCCUCCGUCUUCCUUAAAAUCUCCAAAAGCCUCUCUCCCGAGUCUCACCUGUGUCUUCUCAGUUUUUAGAUUCUUAACUGAAGUCAAAGAUCCUCUGCUACUCCUAAUUUCUGGAGCUUUGCAGCUCACUUUCUUCUCGUUCGUUUUUUCUCUUGUCUUCGUUUUUUUUGCCAUGGUUCUCGGUUACCAGCUUCACAUACGCCGACGAUAAUCCGCAUGGAUUUGAUCGAAGGCACGGGAGAGAGCUCGUCGCCGCCUCCCUUCUUCGCCGGCGGUUUUAGCGGCUACGAUGUACGGGACGACGUGUACAACCGGUUGGUCGAGAGUCAACACGAAGAGGUCGUCUCUAAUCCUGACUAUCGCGACCUCUUGGACGCUCACUUUAAUCGGUUGCCUCCUAGUUAUGGACUUGAUGUAAAUAUGGAUAGAGUGGAAGAUGUUCUGUUACAUCAAAAGAUUCUUGCAUUGGCAACAGACCCAAAGAAGCGACCUGUUUAUAACAUCCGUUUCUUGGAGAAUACUUGUAGUAGAACAGAUGGCGAUGAUGACCAGCAAUUUGUAAGUUCUUUCUCUAACUCGAGGUCAUCUUGUGAUGCUGCUAAUGAAGUAGUGCCAUCAGAAAAGAGGAGCGGAGAUUGUGCUAUUGAAUUUGAACCUUGCUCUAGGCUUGAGGACCUAAAUUUGGAUGCUAGAAGAAAUUCCAGAUCUACGGAUAACUUUUCCAGAAGGCAGGAAUUUCCACAUUUUCCUAUACAUGAAGUAAUAUUUUCGACCAUUGACAAGCCCAAGCUUCUUAGUCAGCUCUCUACAUUGCUUUCGGAUAUAGGACUGAACAUCCGUGAAGCACAUGUGUUCUCAACAACUGAUGGCUACUCCCUGGAUGUAUUUGUGGUGGAUGGGUGGCAUGUUGAGGAUACAGAUGGUUUGUAUGAAGCUAUGGAAAGAGCAGUUGCUGGAAGCGAGGGAUCGUGGUCACAAUCUUCAAAUUCUCAUUCAGCUGUGGAAAAAGCAUUGUCAACAGAAGCAAACUCUGGAGAUUGGGAAAUAGAUAGAAAAUCAUUGACGAUAGGAGAAAGAAUUGCAUCUGGUUCUUGUGGAGAUCUGUAUCAUGGAGUUUAUCUUAGUGAAGAUGUUGCUGUUAAGAUUCUUAGAUCUGAACAUUUGGAUAAUGCCCUGGAGGAUGAGUUUUCUCAUGAAGUGGCAAUUCUAAGGGAGGUCCAGCACAAAAAUGUUGUUCAAUUCAUUGGUGCAUGUACAAAGCCUCCACAUAUGUGCAUCGUAACAGAGUAUAUGCCUGGAGGAAGUCUGUAUGAUUACCUGCAUAAGAAUCAUAACAGCUUGGAACUUCCUCAGCUCUUGAAGUUUGCAAUUGAUGUCAGUAAGGGAAUGGAGUACUUGCAUCAAAACAACAUAAUCCAUAGGGACCUGAAGACAGCAAAUUUGCUAAUGGACACUCACAAUGUUAUUAAGGUGGCAGAUUUUGGGGUUGCUCGAUUCCAAACUCAAGGGGGAACAAUGACAGCGGAGACAGGAACAUACAGAUGGAUGGCACCUGAGGUCAUAAAUCACCAGCCAUAUAAUCAGAAAGCAGAUGUAUUCAGUUUUGCCAUAGUCCUGUGGGAGCUAGUGACAGCCAAGGUUCCAUAUGAUAGCAUGACUCCACUACAAGCUGCCUUGGGUGUGAGACAGGGACUCCGACCUGAUCUUCCGAAGAAUGCGCACCCCAACCUAUUAGAAUUAAUGCAGAGAUGUUGGGAAGCAGUUCCUGAUAAUAGGCCUUCCUUCUCCGAGAUAACAGCUGAACUUGAAAAUCUCCUUCAAGAAAUUCAGAAAACUUCGGAAGUAACAAACAGCAGUUGAACAUUCCCAGUACGCAAUAUUCAAAGCGGCUCAUUUUUAGGCAUUUGGGGACUCCAAGUAACACCAUGAUAAACUUCACCGCGAAAUUUGUUUCAAGCAAGGGUUAUACUCUCGAGCAGAUCUGGUAUGGCUACCGCUCGAACAAAUGCAUACUUUAUGUGAUUGGUUCAGGUUUUCAAUUAUCACCCUUUCGAUGGGUAAACUUGGUUGUAUCUUGAAAAACAUGUAAAGUUGGUUAGUUCCUGUAGGAUUCACCAUCAGGAAACUCUGUACAAAUGCGAUGGUGGAUUUUCUUCCCUCAAUUAGGACUUACUUUUCCACCAAGUGAUCACUAGCAAAAUUAGGACCAACCAAAUAGACUGCUGAGUUGCAUAGUUUUUACAUAUGAAUCUAUCUUUA